UAAAAACCUGUUAAAUCAUGAAAAUUCAUUAUAUUUAAUUUACAUAUAUUUCAAGGGAAAUCAGAAAGGGUUCAAAUUAAGAUGUUGUGCAGAUCAUUAUUAUUAUUUAUUUUAUAGAAAAUGUUUUAUUUUUAAAUACAGUCAAAUGCAGUUAUUCUCAUCAUAAUAUGAUCAUCUAUGAGCUUUUGCUUCAAUAUUAACCACAGAUGAAAUAUGAACAAGUUUGUGUAUUCUGUCAAUUAUAGAAAAUGGAAUCUGAAAAUAAACAUUUUAGUAACUUUUCCUUCAUGUAAUAUUUAAAUUGAUGUCCAGAAUCAAACAUUGACUAUUAAAUCUCGGAUGAAUCUGACAGUUGUUCCAGAUGUUUUAGAGAUUUCUUUCUACUCUUCAAGUCUCACAGAUAUUAUAGUUCACCUGAGUGUCACACAAACCCCAGUGCAUCAUGGGACAUUCUCUGAUCAGCCUGCAUCAUCACAUUAAUGGUUCCAUACGUUCCACCUCUCUCCUUCAGGCCCAGGCUCGCUGCCACCGGAUCGGUCAGAGCAAAGCGGUGAAGGUCUAUCGACUGAUCACCAGGAACUCCUACGAGAGGGAGAUGUUUGACAAAGCCAGUCUGAAGCUGGGACUUGACAAAGCUGUCCUCCAGGACAUCAACCGCAAGGGAAGCCUGAACGGGGUGCAGCAGCUGUCAAAGCUGGAGGUGGAGGACUUGUUGAAGAAAGGAGCUUACGGAGCACUGAUGGACGAGGAGGACGAGGGCUCCAAGUUCUGCGAGGAAGACAUCGAUCAGAUCCUUCAGAGACGGACUCAGACCAUCACCAUCCAGACGGAAGGGAAAGGGUCCACGUUUGCCAAGGCCAGUUUCAUCUCCUCUGGAAACAGGACGGACAUUUCUCUGGACGACCCAAACUUCUGGCAGAAAUGGGCCAAGAUCGCUGAGGUGGAGAUCGACUCCAAGUCUGAGAAGGAGUCCUUGGUGAUCGACACUCCUCGUGUGAGGAAGCAGACUCGUCACUACAACUCGUUCGAGGACGACGAGCUGAUGGAGUUCUCAGAGCUGGACAGUGACUCUGAGGAUCGACCGUGUCGGACUCGACGUCUGGGAGAAAGAAGCAGACGUUACCUCAGAGCAGAGUGCUUCAGGGUGGAGAAGAACCUGCUCAUUUUUGGGUGGGGUCGGUGGACGGACAUCAUGAACCACGGUCGCUUUAAAUGGCACCUGGCAGAGAGAGACAUGGAGGUGAUCUGUAGGGCUCUGCUGGUUUACUGCCUGAGACACUACAAAGGAGACGACAAGAUCAAGAGCUUCAUCUGGGACCUGAUCACACCCACCAAGGAGGGCCAGGACCAGGACCUGCUUAACCACUCUGGGUUAUCAGCUCCGGUCCCUCGCGGUCGGAAGGGGAAGAAGCUGAAGAACCAGCUGAACGUUCCUGAGGUGAAGAACGCAGACUGGCUGGUCCACUGUAACCCGGAGGUGGUGCUGCAGGACGAGAGCUACAAGAAACACCUGAAGCAGCACUGCAACAAGGUGCUGCUGAGGGUGAGGAUGCUGUACUACCUGAAGGUGGAGGUGUUGGGUGAAGCUGCCAAUCAAGCUCUAGAGGGGAUACCUGCCAGUAAACUGGAGGUGUCUCUACCAGACAUCGACUACAUUGAGAUCCCUGCUUCAUGGUGGGAUGCUGAAGCUGACAAGUCUCUCCUCAUAGGAGUCCACAAACACGGCUACGAGCGCUACAACGCCAUGCGGGCCGAUCCAGACUUGUGUUUCCUGGAGAGAGUCGGGAUGCCAGACGUCACAGCUCUGACUGCUGAACAAGGAGGAGGGGAGGGGGGGUCUGACAUGGCUGACAGCGUGAUCAAAACUGAAGAGGUGAAGGACGAGGCAGAAAUCAAAGCUGAAGGAGGAGAGGACAGAGACGAGAGCAGCAAGGGAGAGGAAACCUGCUCCAGUACGGACACCUCAGACAAACCUGACAGUACUGGUCCAGACUCUCAGAUCUCAGGUGACCUAUGCGCCCAUGAUGGAGCUGUGGUCACCACGACGACGGUGGGCGUGGCCUCUCUUCACGUGGUUCAGGCCCGCCCCCUCUGGCCCACCGGCCCGGCCCUGACGGCUCGUUUACGGCGCCUGAUCACCGCCUACCAGCGUUUCACGCUGCGCCGCGAGCCGCCGCUCCGCCACGACUUCCUGCUUCACGACGGCCUGGUCGGCAUGGGGAUGGGAGGAGGCGGGGCCGCCCACGGUCACCACGCCGGCGGGCCGAUGGCCUGGCAGCUGGGCGAGGAGCUGAGGAGGUGCUCCGUGGUCGCCACAGAACCAGACCCACUGUUCCUGGAGUGGCAGAGAAGGUGGACUCGUCGAGAACAAGCCGAUUUCUACCGCACUGUGUCGUCGUACGGCGUCGUGUACGACUCGGACAGGAAGUCCUUCGACUGGUCCCGGUUCAGAGCUCUGGCCCGACUGGAGAGGAAGACGGACGAGAGCUUGGAAAGAUACUUCAACUCCUUCGUCAACAUGUGCAGGACGGCCUGCAAGCUGCCUCCCAGGAAGGAAGAAGGGUCGGUGGAUCCCGCUCUGCUCGUGGAGCCUCUGACAGAAGAGAGAGCAGCCAGGACUUUAUAUCGCAUCGAGCUGCUGAGGAAGAUCAGAGAGCAGGUGGGUUCAUCUCCAGCACAGACAUGUGCUUCAUGUCAGCUCAAAUCAACCGCAUUCUUCUCUGGACUUUUUAUCUGAGGACGUCUGAUCUGAAACAUGAAAUCUUCUUCUGGUGUCAUGAAUAAAAGAAGAUGGACAUCUUAAUGUAUCUAG